AUGUAUACAGUAAUGUAUAUCCCAGCUCCCCUGUACUCCAUUAUAGUGAUAUGACAUGUAUACAGUAAUUACUUCCUUUCCCCAGUCCCCUGCGGCGGUGGAGAGGGUGUCUCCUCUCAGCGGAGGAGAGUGGACCUCUCCUGCACCUGUCCCCUCGGCAGUGGUGCCACAAAAGCCGGAAACCGGAAGUUGUAAACCGGAACUUGGCUUCACAAUGAGGCUUGGAGCGCAGGUGCAGUCGCAGCCGCUUGCCAUAGAGGAAUUUCUCCUCGCAUUUGGAGGGCGGGCAAGCGGCUUUUUCAAGCCCUGGCCU